UUAAAUCGGACCCUGGAUCAGAGAUAUCCAUACUUCCCCAGGCUGACCCCUCGCGUUGAUUCGAUCGCUGUUGCAGCUUCACUUGCGUCUCCUGCGCUUUUUAGAUUCACCUCCGAACCGAACGGAAGGAACAGAGAGAGAGAGAGAGAGAGCGGGAGAGCGCAAUGUUGGAGGAAAAGGUUGCCUGGAGCUGUGAGACGAACUGGAGCGUAAGUCAGGGAGACCUCAGGAAGACCAUCCUCCUAGAGACUUCCACCAGCCUUCCUUCCAAAGCAGACGAGGAGCGGGCCGCCGUUGAACCUCUGUUGCUGAAGCCCUCGCCGUCAGUUGAGUUGGGUCCAUGCGAGAUCACCGUCAAGUUCAGUCAAGAGCAUGAGAUUCACAGGGUUUACUUGCGGAGCACGGCUCGUGUAUAUGAGAUAUUUUAUGCAACUGAACAACAUGAUGGAAAUGAGUAUUUAUGCACCACUCGCUGUGGGCCUGUGAAGAGAAAAUGCCAUCCAUUUCAGGCAGAUUGUUCAUUAAUAAGUGCUUCAAGUGAAGGAACUAAAAAUGACCAUACCGAAGAAGAUGGCUGGAUUGAUGUGAAGGUUCCAGGUUUUGUUUUGCCAGAUGAGGCUUAUCCUUCCUUAAAGAUAUCUGAAGUUGGGAAACAAGAAGAAGAUUGCUGCUUCUACGAAGGCACAGCAGAGAUUUGUGGUGCAAACCCUUGUAUCUAUCUCACAAUCCGGCUGCUGUCGCUCUACACAAAGGGAUCCGUUUGCCUAGGCCAGUUGUAUAUACUUGCUAGCCCCACUGCAUCCUCGGUAUUUUGUGAGCCAUCCAAUCCUGCUGUGAGCUCUGGGAAUGCAUCUCUCCUAGCUAUGCUUGUUCCUAGUCUUAUUCAGCUUUACAGAGAAGGUUCAGAGGCACAGGGAAGACCAUCUUCAGGUAGCAUGAAACCAUGCAAUGGAUCGGAAAUGGAAACAGAAAGGGCAAUUCAGAUGAAGAAGAAGCCUGUGGAAGAUACAGGAAAAGUUGAACAGCUGCACCACUCUAGUGGAGCUGCAAAAGCAUAUAUAAGUGGGAACACAAGAGAGGAAGGUUACUCUGACAGGGUCAAAGAUGAAAGCUAUGGGAGUGGAGCUACAAUUUGUACAGGUAUGAACAGAAGAGAAGAAAGUGAAUCUGUCAGGUCUAGUGGUGAAGGCUGUGGGAGUACAUCUUGUAGUUGUCAAUGUGAAGCAUUGGUGAAGCUGAAUGAGAAGGUAGAUCGAAUUGCUGCUUACUGUGCAAGCAUUGAGGAAAACAUGAUUAAACCUCUUGUUUCUAUGGAAACAAGGCUGAAACAACUCGAGGAGAAACUCGAUGCAGUUUUAACAUCUGAAUUAAAUAAACAUGCUAAUUUUAGCCGUGAUGGAAGUUUCGGUGAAGAGUAUGAUGGAAUUAAAGAAGAUGGCUGUCAAAGUAGAAAAGGAGGGCUUGUGGCGUUUGACGGAUGCAAGUGUUUCAACUGCAAUGGCUUUGAUGAUGAAAGUGCAACGGGAGAUGAUAUUGAGAGUGACUCAGAAGACACAAGCUGCUCCUCUUCUAGUAGUGACAGCAGCAAUGAUUCUGAUAAAGAUGAUGUGAGUGAGGAUGAGGAUGUUGGAAGUGAAGACAUUGAGGAGAAUGAAAAUGAACUUGUUGAACAAAAUAACUUGGUUGUGAUGGGGGGAUCUGAGUCAUUUGAACUUGCCUGCAUGUCGUGUAGCAAUGACGGGAAGAAUUAUUCAGUCAUUGAUAAUGACUAUCCUGAGGAAGAUGGUCAAACUGAAGAAUGUGCAAGUGAUGACAAUGAUGAUAUUGAGGAACAUGUAAAGGAUCAUCCUGGUUCUGCUGAUGCCUUGAACACCUUGAACACCAUGAGCCAUUCAACUGUUAAAUCAAAGUGGUCCAUUGAAGAAGCAGUAGUUUCUGCUCUUUCAGACUUCAUAGCAACAACUGCCGCUGCUAAUGGUUCGUAUUCUGAACGAGCAAGUGUCACUAAUAUGAACAUCAUCGACAAAGAAAGCUGGAAACCUGUUAUUACGGAAGCCAUCUUUUCAAGUCAAUCGACAGAAGAGUCACAGCUAUUGGCAUGUGGAGGUGCUGCUUAUCAAGAUCAACUUGUUGCAGCAACGCUUGGAAAAAGCAAUGCGAUUGGGUCCUCAAGGUCAACCAUUUCCACUCUCAAAUGCACAAAUGAGCUGCAAUCAGAUGGCAUCCAAGAAGACGAAGGGGAUCCAGGAAUUCAAUAUGAAGAAAGUUUGAGACUCAAACCAGAACAACCUUUUGCCCUCAAUGAGAAUUUGGAGAAGGGAUUUCAAAUCCUGAACCACAUCAAAGAACAAAAUCAACAGUUCAAAAAUGCGUUCAAGUAUAAGACAAAUUCUGAGGACUUUGAUGAUUCAUUCUUGGAUGUAAAGUUUGUUGUGGACAGGAAUUGUCAGUCUGAUUUUGCACUAGAAGUCCUUCUUGGUGGACACGACCUUGCAACUGUGACAUGCAUGAGCAACUGUAUGCUGAAUUCAGGCAAUGAGGAUCACCUGUUAUCCCUUGAAGAGGAUCCUACGUCUGUGACGGACUCUGUGGAGUAUUCCAGUAGUCAAAUAGACAAUUUUCCAAUGCCUGAAGAACUGAAUCAAAUUGGCCCUAUCAUGGAAGGAUGGAGGGAAACCACAGAUAAUGGUGUUGACAGUGUGCGCAAAAACAUUGAUCUUUUGUGUUUGGAAGAUGUGCUACAGACGGAUCCUGUGUGUCAAACGGUGAAUCCUAGUUUGUCUGCACACCAAAGUAGUUUCUAUUCUGUGUCUGACAAGCAGAAGGAAGUGCAUCCUGUGGAUGCUGCCAGUGGCUUGUCCUCAUAACCUUAUAUUUUCUUCCUAGGAGCUCGAUGGAAGGUAACUUUCCUAGUGACCAGUUUUAGCACAGUUAAUUAAUGGCCGCCAAAUUCUCUGCA